CUCCCCGGAAACGCGUUAAGCCGGCGGAGAGCGCAGGCGCAGCCUCUGCGGCCUCCUGGGCUUCUCUCUGGUCUGCAGCCUGCCAUCUCAGCCACGCGGGGCUUUUGAAUUGACCGGAAGUAGCGGGCGAGCGACUUCCGGCAGUUGGACUUGGAAGAGUAAGGAGCGUCGGGAAUGGCAACGAAGAAAUUGGCGCGGCAGCUUGGAUUAAUUAGGAGAAAGUCAUUUGCACCAGCAAAUGGAAAUCUAGGAAGAAGCAAAAUCAAACAGUUGUUUGACUACUUAAUUGUCAUUGAUUUUGAGUCCACAUGCUGGAAUGAUGGAAAGCACCACCAUAGCCAGGAAAUAAUUGAAUUUCCAGCAGUGUUGCUGAAUACAUCCACUGGAGAGAUUGAAUCUGAGUUCCAUGCUUUUGUUCAGCCUCAAGAGCACCCACUUCUUUCUGAAUUUUGCAUGGAACUGACAGGCAUAAAGCAGGUUCAAGUUGAUGAAGGGGUCCCUCUGAAGAUUUGCUUAUCGCAGUUCUGUAAAUGGAUUCAUAAGAUUCAGCAACAGAAGAAAAUUUUUUUUGCUACUGAGGUCUUGGAUCCUUCUAGUUCCAAAGUAAAAUUAUGUGCUUUUGUUACUUGGUCAGACUGGGACUUGGGGGUUUGCCUGGAGUAUGAGUGUAAAAGGAAACAGCUGUUAAAACCUGUGUUCUUAAAUUCUUGGAUUGAUCUCAGAGCAACUUACAAGCUUUUCUAUAAGAGAAAACCAAAAGGACUAAGUGGUGCCUUGCAGGAAGUGGGAAUAGAAUUCUCAGGACGAGAGCAUUCUGGGUUGGAUGAUUCUCGGAAUACUGCCCAUCUUGCUUGGAAAAUGAUCAGGGAUGGUUGCUUAAUGAAAAUUACUAGAUCCUUGAAUAAGGUACCCACUAAGAGGAAUCCCAACAUUUUGGCCAGAAAUUUGAAUACAAAUCGGGUUGAAGAAGCUUCUGACUGCAACAGUACCCUCCAGGUCCCCAGGAUAUGUGAUAAGGGGCCUGAGAUUACAACAGAUUCCAGUGAAGAAGUUCAAAUGAGAUCGGCUUGUGUGAAUUCUUCCGUAAAGGUCCAACAAGAUCAGUUAAAACUAAAGAGCGAUGUGAGAGCAGGUAUUCACAAUGUCAAAAGCUGUUUAUCUGUUUUCAAUAGUAAGUCCUUUACUUCUCUGGGGCAGCUGCAGUCUCCCAGCUUGAAUUCACCUAUCAACAUGCAGAAGCAAAUAAAAAAUGGACACCUUGCAUUUAAUACCAAAUCUAACUCUUCAACAGUUGGGUCAGAGUUGGUACUUGUUUCCACUACCGUUUCUUCUGUCAAUCAUGUUUCUGAUAUGGAAAUGAGUUCUGCUCUUGACUGUUUACCUAUGUUGGCUGAUUGGGAGGAUGUAGCUUUAUUGCCAGCAUCUCAGCCUGAGCAAAAUACAGAUUGUAUACUUCCCACUGGUGACUCAGACUUAGAUACUUCACUUAAUUCUGGAGAAGAACCUGAAAUGCUAGGUCAUGAAAACUUUGGGAGCACAGAGGGAACUCCUCAAAAAUCUGAGACCUCUAAAUCUAUUGUGUAUAAGAGCCCUCAUACUACUAUUUACAACGUAAAAAAAGUCAAAGACCCAGUUCCAAAUGUUUCUGCCUUUAAGUUACCUGAACCCAAAUCAAGUACCUUCAAUAGUGUUAAUGCCAGUAUGUCUCAUUCUUCAAUUUUGGGAAAACAUCCUCUUUUAGGCGGUACUAAUAGGAGCCUCUCCAGUCCCCCAGCUUUCCCAGCAGCCAAAAAACAGACCUUCACUAUUCAUGAAGAAAAACAUACAUCAUCUGAUUGCUCCCCAGUGAGAAGUACCUCCCGGAAGAUUCUCCCCUCUGUAUUAACUUCUACAGUUAACCUGCAAGAGCGUUGGAAGAGUGGGAAAAUGACACCUCUUUUAUGCAAGUGUGGCCGAAGAUCUAAGAGACUUGUUGUUUCUAAUAAUGGACCAAACCAUGGAAAAGUCUUCUAUUGUUGCCCUACUGGCAAAUACCAAGAAAACAGAAAACAAUGUGGUUAUUUCAAAUGGGAACAGACACUUCAGAAGGAGAGAGCCAACAAUACGAUCCUGUUUCAUUCCCCUGGGAGACUCACUUUCAGUUCUCCAGAAACAAGCCAUAUUUCUGACAGAAAUGUAAAUUCUUGUACUAAAAAUUCUUUGAGACUGAGACCCUCAAUGAGAAGUUAAUAAACUGUCUUUAUAUCUAAAUUAAA